AUGGCGCUUCAAAGCCUCGUUGUCAGCGCGAUAGCGGCUCAUCCCAUAACAACCUUGUUCUUCACACCUUUUCUGCUUGUAUUGAUUCGCUCGGUCUAUCGCAUCUACUUCCAUCCUCUAUCCCACAUCCCUGGACCCAUCUUACCUAAGCUGACCAGCAUUUUCCUUCACUGCCACGCCUACAUCGGAGACGAAGCAAGCACUAUCCACAAACUCCACGAACAAUACGGCCCGUAUGUCCGAGUCUCACCGAAUGAAAUCGAUAUAAGCGACGCGGAUGCUAUACCCGCAAUCUACGUAUCGAAAGGAGGCUUUCCGAAAGCGGCGUGCUAUGCAAAUUUCGACAUUGAUGGCCACAAGACUAUCUUCUCGACUAUCGAUACGGACUACAGGAGCCCAAGAGCGAAAGCUGUGGUCCCGCUGUUCUCAACAAAAGCAUUGAGGGAAAAUGAGAGAGCCAUUUGGGGAUGUGUCGACCGUAUGGUGGAGCGAUUGAGGGACGAAGCCAUGACAAAGCGGCCUGUCAACGUGCUCAACUUGACGCGAAGCCUGGCUGUGGACGCAGUUUCUACACACCUGUUCCGGGAGAAUUACGAUGGGGUCAGCGAACGUGGUCCAGUACUCAGCGUGAGCGCGUUCGUGGACGCCUUUGUCGCUGUCGGUCGCUUCUUCUACCUCCCGAAUCUCGCUUUCACGUGGCUGGAAUGGGCCGUUGCCAAAUGGUUGCCCGAUCCAGAGACUGAUGAUAGCAUGAUGCUUGUUGAUAAGUUCAUCGGCACACUGGUAGCGAAUACCUCCGAGAAGUCAACAACAUACCCCGGGCGUCUACUCGCUGCGGGGCUCAGCGACUCCGAAGUCAAGGCACAGUGCAAAGACCUCAUCUUCGCUGGAACAGACUCUACGGGGAUGAACUUGGCAACGAUCAUGCGCAAUCUAGCGUUGUACCCAGAUAUGUACGAAAGACUAAAGGAAGAGAUCAAGAACAACAUUGCCCUUGGCCUGGAUGGACAGGACGCUCAAGCGCUACCCUAUCUCAACGCUAUUGUCAAAGAAGGCCUCCGAAUCAGUAUGGCAAAUCCUACGCGCUUACCUCAUACCGUCCCUGCAGGAGGUUGGACGUUCAAGAACACCUACUUCCCAGCUGGUUCCAUUGUCGGUUGCUCAGCAUAUGAGCUGCACUUCAACCCGGACAUCUUUCCCUCGCCAAGAAGCUUCCGGCCUGAAAGAUGGCUGAGCCCAACAGAAGCUAUGUCGAAGUACUGGUUCGCAUUUGGAGCGGGGAGCAGAGCGUGCAUCGCUAGGAACUUGGCAACCAUGGAGUUACAAUUCGCGACGGAGAGGCUAGGUAGAAGUGGGGUUCUUGAUGGCGCAAGUGUCGUACAGAAUGAUGUCGAGAUCUACGAGUGGUUCAAUUCGAAAGUCAAGGGCGAGAGAAUUGACUUGGUCUGGGGUUGA